UCUAAUAUAUGGCCAUACCAUAACACAUUCUUAGAGCCCAAGUUUUUACAACAAAAUUAAUGUUGACAAAAUCUGAAGUUAGAUAUUUAAUUUUUCCCUUUUCUCACCUUGUUUUUACUUUCUUUUCCCAUGUCUUCUAAUAAAUGGCCAUACCAUAACACAUUCUUAGAGCCCAAGUUUUUACAACAAAAUUAAUGUCGACAAAAUCUGAAGUUAGAUAUUUAAUUUUUCCCUUUUCUCACCUUAUUAUUACUUUCUUUUCUCGUGUCUUCUAGUAUAUGGUCAUACCAUAACAAAUUCCUAUAGCCUAAGUAUCUCCAACUAUUUGUCUAAAUUCACACUUAUAAUUUCUUACCUACUCUUUAGAUGGAUCAACUUGGAGAUGACGAUCAAGUUUCCAUAACAAUAGAAAAUCAAGAAAUUUUACUUUCUUCUGAUUCUGAAGUCGAGUCUCGUAGUUCAACGUUGAAUAGUCACUUCAGAUCGUUCAUGAGAAAUGGGCUAAUCAAAGUUGAAGAAGGUGAGGAAGAGCAUGAUUUGAUGAAGGCAGGUUUUGUUAGUGGAUUGCGACAAUUGGGAAAGGAAAUUGAAGUUGUGGCUAUACACAAAAAUUUAUGUUCAACUAUAAUAGGGCAAGCGAAAUUGCAAAGUUUUCGCAUUUACUGUGAAGCAAUGCGGAAGAAAUGCGGUGGAAAUGCUAAUAUUAAAUAUGCUUGGUUUGGUUCUUCCAAAGAUGAAAUUUAUAAAAUUAUUUCAUAUGGAUUUUCUACAAUUACUGAACCAAAAUCUGGAGAAUGUUUUGGUAUUGGUGUUCAUCUUCAUCCUGCAAAUAUCCAUGGGGUAUUAUCGGCAGUGGAAGAUGAGGAUGGAUUAAGGCAUAUGUUACUUUGCCGAGUAAUCUUAGGGAAUACGGAAGUGGUUGAGGCUUCAUCUAAACAAUUUCAGCCAACUUCUCCACACUUUGAUUCUGGGGUUGACAAUUAUUUGGCUCCUAAAACAUACAUUAUUUGGCCUUCUUAUAUGAAUUCUCAUAUUUUACCAAAUUUUCUACUCACUUUCAGGUCUCCUACUUUAUUAUCAGGUAACCCUUCAAAAAUCAAGAAGCUCCCUUUGAAGCCCACACCUCGUAUAAAGUUUUCAAAUUUAUUGAGUGUGCUUUCCAAAUCUUUACAUCCUUCAAGUAUGGUUUUGAUCUCAAAGUACUAUGAAGAUUUUCAGAGAAACAAGAUCUCAAAAAUGGUACUCGUUCAGAAAUUGAGGCAAGUAGCUGGAGAUACAUCACUACUUAAGAGUUGUCAUGAAAUUGUAUCCAAACAUUAAGGUAGAGUCUACGUUCUUGCUUAUUUCAAUUUUCUAGUAUUUAAUUAUUAU